AUCGCCUAUGAAAGUCCGGAAGACUUUAGAACAGCCAUAGACUACCAUCAACAUCGCUUGAAAAUUGCAAAAGAACUGGGUGACAAAUCAGGAGAGGGGGCAGCGUAUAGCAAUCUUGCCGUCGCCUAUGAAAGCUUGGGAGACUUGAAAUCAGCGAUUAACUACCAUGAACUUCACCUGGAAAUUGUGAAAGAUUUGAGUGACAGAUCAGGCGAAGGAAGAGCGUAUGGCAAUCUGGGCAAUGCCUAUUACAGACUCAGAGAUUUUAAGACAGCCAUAGACUACUAUAAACGUCAUCUGAAAAUUCUGAAAGACUUGGGUGACAAAUGGGGAGAAGGAAGAACAUAUAGCAGUCUUAGCAAUGCUUUUAGCUGUCUGGGAGAUUUUGAAACAGCCAUACACUUCCUUGACUCUGACCUGGCAAACGCAAAAGAACUGAGAGACAGAUCGAGAGAAAGAAGAGCGUAUCGCAAUCUUGGCAAUGCGUAUCGAAAUCUGGGAGAUUUUAAAACAGCCGUUAGCUACCUUCAAGGUGACCUAAAACUUGCAAAAGAGUUGGGUGACAAAUCGGGGGAGGGAAAAGCAUAUGGUAAUCUUGGCAACGCCUAUCAAAGUCUGGGACAUUUUAAAACAGCCAUAUACUUUCAAAAACUUCGCUUAAAAUAUGCAAGACAGUUGGGUGACAAAUCGGGAGAAAGAAGAGCCUGUGGCAGUCUUGGCAUCGCCCAUUCUAGUUUGGGAGAUUUUAAGACAGCCAUAAGCUACCUUGAGUGUAGCCUAAAAAUUUCAGAACAAUUAGGCGACAAAGUGGGAGAAGGAGUAACACAUGGGAAUCUUGGCAACGCCCAUCACAAUCUUGGAGAUUUUAAAACUGCCAUAGACUGCCAUGAACGUCACCUGAAAAUUGCAAAGGAAUUAGGUGACAGACGCGGAGAAGGGAGAGCUUAUAACAAUCUGGGCAAUGCCCAUCGCAGUUUGGGAAAUUUGAAAACAGCCAUAGAAAACCACGAGUGUCGGUUAAAAAUUGCUAAAGAAUUGGGUGACAGAUCGGGAGAAGGAGAAACAUAUGCCAAUCUUGGCGUUGCUUAUGACAGUCUGAGAGCCUUUAAAACAGCAGUAGACUACCAUGAACGUCACCUAAAAGUUGCGAAAGAAUUGAGUGACAGUUUUGGAGAAGGAAGAGCGUAUUUCAAUCUUGGCAAUGCCUAUUACAGUCUGGGAGAUUUUAAAGGAGCUAAAAACUACCACGAAAGUCAUUUGAAAAUUGCAAAAGACUUAGGUGACAGAUGGGGAGAAGGAAGAGCGUAUUGCAAUCUUGGCAACGUCCAUAACAGUCUGGGAGAUUUUAGAACAGCUUUAGAAUACCAUAAGCGUCACUUGUUAAUAGCUAAAGAACUGGGUGACAGAUCGGGAGAAGGAAGUGCCUAUGGCAAUCUUGGCAACGCCCAUCACAGCCUUGGAGAUUUUAAGAGAUCCAUAGAGUACCAUGAACUCCACAUGAAAAUUGCUAAAGAAUUGGGUGAUAGGUCGGGCGAAGGAAGAGCAUAUGGCAAUCUUGGGAACGCCCAUUGCGGUCUGGGAGAUUUUCAAAUAGCCAUUAAGUACCAUGAACUUGACCUAAAAAUUGCAAAAGAAAUGGGUGACAAAUCGGGAAAAGGAAGAGCCUAUGGCAAUCUUGGCAACACCUAUCACAGUUUGGGAGAUUUUGACACGGCCAUAAACUACCUUCUUCGCGACUUGAAAAUUGCCAAAAAGUUGGAUGACAGGUCGGGAGAAGGAAGAACGUGUUGCAAUCUUGGCAUCGCGUAUGGCAGUGUCGGAGAUUUCAGCACAUCUAUAGACUACCUUCAGAAUAGCCUUAAAAUUGCAGAAGAAUUGGGUGACAGAUCGGGAGAAGGAAAGGCGUAUGGCAAUCUUGGCAACGUCUGCCUCCGUCUACGAGAUUUUAAAGGAGCCAAAGACUACCAUGAACGUCAUCUCAAAAUUUCGAAAGAAUUGGGAGACAUAUCGGGAGAAGGAAGAGCAUAUGGUAAUCUUGCCAUUGCCCAUCAGAGACUGGGAGAUUUCAAAACAGCCAUAGACUACCUUAAACGUAACCUGAAAAUUGUGAAGGAAUUGGGUGAUACAUUGGGAGAGGGAAAGGCGUGUUUCAAUCUUGGUAGCUGUUUUGAAGAUGUAGGCCAAGUUUCAGAAGCUAUUGGAAAUUACCGGCUCAGUAUUAAGUUGUUUAAUAAUAUCCGAGGUCGUCUUCAGUUGAAGGAUGAAUGGAAAAUUAGCUUACGGGAUCAAUACCAGACAGUAUAUGCUGCGCUUUGGCGCUUGAUGUUAGCAGAGGGCAAGGUUAUGGAGGCUUUGUUUUCUGCUGAGCAGGGACGGGCACAGGCUCUUAAAGACCUUCUGGCAUUAAAUUAUGGAUUUGAGUUGAAUGAUACUGAAUCAGAUAAAGAAUACAAAGCCUUUCCUGAACUGUACAGUCGCACUCCUCCGAAUACAAUAUUUAUGGCGUUUGGAAAGAGCGAAUUGGUUUUCUGGGUUUGUCAGAACGGAGGAGAGUUUGCGUUGAGAAAAAAGCAGAUCAGUUCAGCGGAUGAGAUCAGCACUUUCUUUGCGUCUCUCUUGGCGGCUAUGCGUCAGGAAAUUGAACAGCACUUACACCUUAAAAAAAGUGCCUUACAUACACUGUACGACAUCAUCAUUGAUCCCAUAAAAGAUCUUUUUUUGGGAAGUGAACUCAUAUUCAUCCCUGAAGGUGCACUUUGCUUGGCCCCUUUUGCUGCUUUUAAAGGCCCAAAUUCCAAAUACCUCUGUGAAUCAUUUAGAAUACGAGUGGCGCCAUCUCUCACCAGCUUAAUAAUGAUUACUGAGUGUCCAGUAGAUUACCACUAUAAGUCUGGCGUACUUCUUGUGGGUGAUCCGUGGGUGCAAGAUGUGACAAACCUAUCGCAGUUGCCAUGUGCCAGAGAGGAAGUAGAAAUGAUUGGUAGAAUGCUUGGCUGUACGCCUCUUACUGGAAGACGGGCCACAAAAGAUGAGGUGUUAAGACAACUUGGUUUGGUUGCUUUGGUGCAUUUCGCGGCACAUGGCAGCUUACAAACGGGCGAAAUUGCCCUGGCUCCAAAUAAUGGUGAAAAGGAUUUCAUGUUGACGAUGAAAGAUGUAAAGCAAGUUCAAAUGCAAGCAGAACUAGUUGUUCUUAGUUGCUGUCAUAGUGCUCAAGGAGAGGUCAAAGCAGAAGGUGUAGUGGGCAUAGCACGGGCGUUUUUGGGUGCUGGUGCUCGUUCUGUUCUGGUGUCGUUGUGGGCGAUUAAUGACGAGGCCACGCUUGAGUUCAUGAAACAUUUUUAUGAGCAUCUUGUGGGAGGAAAAAGUUCGAGUAAAGCUUUGAAUCAGGCAAUGAAUUGUAUGAGAGAAUCCGAGGAGUUCGGCGAAAUCAGGCAUUGGGCACCUUUUUUGCUAAUUGGUGAUGAUGUCACAUUAGAAUUCGCUGAAUGUGGUAACCGUAAAGGUAAAUGA